CAGGUUGCACGACCGUAGUUGUUUUUCGUAAUCGAAUCAAGUUCCAAAUCCAAAUCCUAGAUGUCAGGUCAAUCGUCUGUCAUUAAACAUGGUGGCCGCAAUGAUGGAUAUAGAGGAAACAACGUUUGAUCUCUUUCUAAGAUAUGGACUCUUUUUUGGAGCAAUCUUCCAACUGGUGUGCAUAGGCGCCGCUAUUUUUGGACCAGAGAUUUCAGAAGCUCAUUCCAAGGAGGAGAUCAGUGAAGAUUCUGGUUCUGAACACGGUAGCCCAACCAACACUGGCCACAAGCAUUCUGGGCAGCACAAUCGUAGAAAAAUGGAUAAGAAAAAGAGAAGAUGAAGACUCAUCUGAUGAACACUAUUCUUGCAUUUUUGAACACCAACAUAGUUUCUUUCUCAAAAACCCAACAUUUAACUUAUUGACUCAGUUUUAUUGCAAUAUUUGGGGGUUGUUUUGUGUUUUUCUUCAUUUGACCAUUUUUAAUACAUAAAUGAUUGAUGGAACAGCA